AUGAAAGAAAGAAGGAUUUUCUUCUUUGUUCUUUUUUACUACAUUAUCGUGAACAUUGACGUGCUUUUGCUGACGAUGAAUCCAGACGAGGAUGGACCAAGAAAAUCAUACAAAUACUUGUGGAGCGGAGUAGAUGAGUUUCAUCUGCUCUUCAAAAGCUUCUUCAUCGAAGAUCGAGCCACACUCGCGCUGGGUUGCUUCAUUGUGUUUGCACUCUCCAUCAUCAGCGAAUUAGCAGCCGAGUGGCUCCACAAGAACCAAAAUGAUUUCGUGGCAUCUUACGCUCACGGGCGGCGCAGCUCCUCGCGCAGCCAAACCGAGUUGAAGAGAAUCCGCCAGUUCUCAUUCAUCAGUUCAAAUCGCCGCUACCUAUGGCUCGCCUGUGCGAAUGCGCUGUCGUUUCUGCUCUCGCAGCUGAGCAUGCUCGUCUUGAUGACUUUCAAUAUCAACUUGAUUGCGUCCAACAUUGCCGGGGCCGCCGCGCUCAAGAUCUUCCACCCUCCUUAUAUUUAUUAUUUUCACCCAGACGCGAAAGAGAGAAAACUGCAUCAAUACGAAUACUCUCCUUUAUAA